AUGCCGCCCACUACAGCCGCGGCCGCGGCCACGGCGCUCCCAUCCCCUUCUCACCGCAGGGUCCCCGCCGCGAAAUCCGUCUGGCUGAACCCCAACCUGCCCACCUCUCACCCCCUCCACCAGCGCCACAAGUCCGCCGCCGAGCUCCAACAACGGCAACACGAGGACCGUACGAUCGACGUCCCCGCCCUCGUGACCGCGCUCUCCGCCGCGCGGAAGGCUCCCGACCUGGCCGCCGUGCUCGCCCCGCACCGACCCGUCUCCGCGCGCCUCCUCGGUGCGCUCCUCUCCCGCCUCACCGACCCGCGCCGCGGCGUCGCGCUGCUCGACCUCCUCGCGCCGGACCUCCCCGCCCCCGCGCUCCUCAUCCCCUAUAACCUACUCCUCCGCUCUGCCUGCCGCGCUGGCGAGCUCCGCCUCGCCUCCGGCCUCCUCCUCGAGAUGCGGGAGAGGGGCGUGACCCCCGACGCGUUCUCGUAUUCCACCCUCCUCGCCGCGCUCACCCGCGCGGGCCACCUCGACCACGCGCUCACCUUCCUGCCGCUCAUGGAGGAUGACGCCGUGGCUCCGGACCUUAUCCUCUUCUCCAACCUCAUCCACCUCGCCCUCCGCGGUGGCGACGCGCCCAAGGCGCUGACGCUCUUCUCCCGGCUGCGCGCCGCGGGGAUCAGGCCCGACCUCAAGGCGUACAACGCCGCCGUCGCCGCCUACUGCAAGUCCGACCUUAUCCGCGACGCCAAAUGGCUGCUGCUCCACGACAUGCCGGCCCACGGCGUCGCGCCCGACGCGCAGACCUACUCCCCCAUCCUCUCCGCGCUGGCGCGAAGGGGGCGGCACCUCGCGGCCGUGUCGCUGUUCUCGCACAUGCGCGCCGUGGCGCGCGUCAAGCCGGACCUCUCGGUGUUCAACAUCAUCCUCAACGCGUACGGGCAGCUGGACCUCGCACGCGAGGCGGACCGGCUGUUCUGGUCCAUGCGCAGGGCAGGCGUACCGCCAAGCGUGGUGACCUACAACACCAUGCUCCGUGUGUACGGCGAUGCCGGGCUGUUCGGCGAGGCGGUUCACCUGUUCGACCUCAUGCGCAGCGCUUCCGAUGGCAAUGGUGGCGCUGGUAGCGGCGUCAAACCGAACGUGGUGACGUACAACACCGUGAUUGCCAUCUACGGCAAGUCGCUGGAGGACGAGAAAGCCGGGAGGUUGGUGCAGGACAUGCAGGCCAUUGGUGUCCAGCCCGAUGCCAUCACUUACUCCACUAUCUUGUCCAUCUGGGUGAAAGCAGGGAAGCUCGACCGCGCUGCCAAGCUGUUUGAGAAGCUGAGGGAAGCUGGCACGGAGAUCGACCCAGUGCUGUACCAGACAAUGGUAGUGGGGUAUGAGCGUGCCGGGCUUGUCUCACAGGCCAAGCGUUUGUUGCGCGAUCUGAAAGACCCAGAGGGCAUCCCCAAGGAGACAGCCAUCAAAAUCUUGGCGAGUGCCGGUCGUCUGGAAGAGGCCGCAUGGUUGUUCCGUCGUGCGGCCAACACCGGCGAGAUCAAGGACUCAUCGGUGCACAGAGCAAUGAUGGACUUGUACGCGAAGAACCGAAGGCACCGGAAUGUGAUCGAGGUGUUUGAUGAAAUGAGGAAAUUGGGCCAGUUACCAGACUCGGAGACGAUUGCCACCGCGAUGAAUGCUUAUGGCAAGCUGAAGGAUUUCGACAAGGCCGCGGCGCUGUACCAGGCGAUGAGGGAGGCAGGCUGUGUGUUCUCAGACCGGGUGCACUUUCAGAUGAUUAGCCUCCUUGGUGCUCAGAAGGACUUCAAGGAGCUGGAAGUGCUGGUUGGCGAGCUAAGCCAUGACCCAAGCAUCGACAAGAGGGAGCUUUAUCUUGUGGCAGCCGGCGUCUAUGAGAGAGCAUACAAGAUUGAUAAGGCAUCCCAGAUUAUAAGCCAGAUAAGAAGUUCCAACGAAUUCGAUGUCCAGAAAGUCAGAUAA